AUGGUUCCUUCAUUUUUCGCGAUAGUUGCUAUAUUAGCAUGUGCGUUCGGUUUUGUGGAGGCCAACCCCCAUCGGAAAAGCUGUGUUAUCAAAAGCGGGCAGAGCAAAGAGAUAGAUGAUGCCCCGGCUAUUCUACAUGCCUUCAAAGAAUGCGGCCAGCAUGGAAGGGUUCUUUUUGAACCUCAAACCUACUAUGUAAACUCUGUUAUGAAUGUCUCUUGGCUGAAGGAUGUUGACAUUGAGAUUCACGGGACGCUUGAGUGGAGCACGGAUAUAAUGUACUGGUUGAACAACUCGAUGGAGGUUGGGUACCAGAAUCAGUCAACAGCAUUCAUUAUUGGCGGUGAUAAUGUCCGAAUCAACGGCUUUGGCACAGGUACAUUUAACGGCAACGGUGACGACUGGUAUAAAUGGAUCAGGCAGCAGAAGAAUACGUCCAAUUACCCAGGUCGUCCCCAUGCCUUGACAUUGAGUCACCUCACAAAUUCCGCCAUUCAUGGGCUCAGGUUCUUGAGAAGCCAGAUGUGGACAAUGUCUGUCAUUCACUCUCACAACGUGGUUCUCGAUAGUAUCUUUGUCAACAAUACGGGUAAUUCCGCACAAAGUUCCAACACCGAUGGUGCAGAUACCAUUUACUCUUCUCACAUUGUCUUUAAUAACUGGACUGUUUACAACGGCGAUGAUAGUAUUUCUCUCAAAGCAAACAGCACUGAUAUAACGAUAAGCAAUUGCAAACUGAGCAAUGGUCUCGGUAUUGCCAUAGGAAGCAUCGGGCAAUACAAAGAUCAAUUCGAAACAAUUGAGAGAGUUUCAAUAAAUAAUAUUGACUACGAAAAUACAUUGCACGCGUUUUAUGUGAAGACAUGGACGGAUGACCAAAAUGGCUACCCACCCAAUGGAGGUGGAGGUGGACUGGGCUGUACAUCUAUCUGGCGUCGAAGUGACGAAUCUGAAGGCAACGGGACUUCGAGGGGCCGCCUUUGCAGUUUCGCAAUGCACGCGAUUUUCUGGGGCCCCGGGGUAGGCAAUUGCACAAAUUCCCAAUUCCAGAUCAAAAAUGUGGCGAUCAAAAAUCUGUCUGGGACCACACAGUCAACAAGAGUGGCUAGUCUUCAAUGCAGUGCUGUUGCGCCAUGCACCAACAUUACCAUUGCCGACGUGGACCUUCAUCUCGCUAAUAGCACGGAAGCAAAUAGUUAUCUUUGCGGGAAUGUCAUGAGCCCAGCGGGCUUCAUGUGCACGGGGGAUGUUUGUGUGGGUGGCAGUGCUACUGGGGAAUGCUAA